GCGGCGCAGCUGCAAACAGUACAUUGAGGUCCAACCUCUUCCUUUAAUGACUGGAGCCUGUCGAGAACCAGUGAGGCAGCAGUAGGAAGUGAUUCCGCAGGGAAUAUUCGCCUACUAAAGAUCUACCGUAGCUACUGAUAUCAGUUAUUCAAGAAAAGCUAAAGCAUGGCCCCAAAGAGAAGAUCAGCCUCUGCUGCUAAGGCAGGAGGAAAAAAGGUGAAAGAGGAGCCCAAGGACGCCUUCACCUCUGCAAAAGAGGCACUUCUGGCUGCAGGGCCACAGAUGAAAGGCAAAAGGAAGGUGGAUGAGCACUGCUACCUGUCUUCAGCAGAGGUGCACAAGGAUUAUGACUGCAUGCUCAACCAAACAAACAUAGGAAACAACAACAACAAGUUUUACGUCAUUCAAGUUGUAAAAGAAAACAACUCCUACUAUUCAUGGAACCGCUGGGGAAGAGUGGGAGAAAUGGGACAAUCCAAACUGACUCCGUUUGAUAAGGUUGAAUUGGCUUUAAAAGACUUUGAGAAGAAGUUUAAGGAUAAGACCAAGAACAACUGGGCUGAUCGGAUGAACUUUGUUUCUCACCCUGGGAAGUACACACUGAUUGAAGUAGAAGGAGAGCAGGAUGCUGAGGUCAAGGUGGACCAUGUUGAUGGCAAAGCAGGGGGAGUCUCCAAAAAUGUGCUCCCAUGCACUCUCGAUGAAGCUACACAGAAACUUAUUAAGCUCAUUUUCAGCAACGACAUGUUCAAGGAGGCGAUGGAAUGCAUGAAUUUAGACAUCAAGAAGAUGCCCCUGGGCAAGCUCAGUAAGGCACAGAUUGCAAAAGGGUUUGAAGUUUUGGAGGAGAUUGCAGCUGCUAUCGACCAAAAGGGUAGAAGAGGGCACCUUGAAGAACUCUCAUCAAAGUUCUUUACUACAAUCCCUCACAACUUUGGCAGGACCAGACCUCCAGCCAUAGACAGCAAAGAGAUUGUUGAGAAGAAAAAGGAGAUGCUCAUGGUGCUGGCAGACAUUGAGCUCGCCCAGACACUGAAAUCAGAAACAGAGAAAGCUCAGGAAGAGAUGAUGGAGACAGUUCCUCAUCCUAUUGACCAAGACUACACUUCGCUCAAAUGCAAACUGUCUUUACUUGCCAAAAAUACAAAUAUGUAUAAGAUCAUUGAGAAAUACACAAAGGCAACUUCAGGUCAAGGUCGUAAGCCAAAGAUUCUCAAUGUUUGGGAGGUGGAUCGAGAGACAGAGGGAGAACGCUUUAGUGAAAAUGACAACCUAGAGAACCGCCGCCUGCUCUGGCAUGGCACAAAUAUAGCAGUGGUGGCAGCCAUCCUCAAAAGUGGUCUUAGGAUCAUGCCCCAUUCUGGAGGCCGGGUUGGCAGUGGGAUCUACUUUGCCUCUGAAAAUGCUAAAUCUAUAUGUUAUGUGACUACCUCAGGCAAAACUGGAGUGAUGUUUCUAAGUGAGGUUGCUCUGGGUAAGGAGUUCACCAUUACCAAAGACAACCACACUUUGAAGAAGGCCCCUGCAGGUUAUGACAGUGUGGUAGCACGAGGCACUAUGGAACCAGAUCCGUCUAAAGACAUCGUCAUCAACCUGGAAGGCAAGAAGGUCACUGUUCCUCAGGGAAAUGCCAUCAAGCAGCCGCAAUACUCUGAAAGCUACUUCAGCAGUAGUGAAUACCUGAUCUACAAAGAGAGCCAGUGUCGCCUUCGCUAUCUGCUUGAGAUGGAAAUAAAUUAUUAGUUGUAAAGAUUUAACUCUGAUUGUGCAGGUCCUAAGGAAUAGUUACUCCUACCAUAUUGCAUAAGCGCCUCUUUCUGUUCUGUGCCUUACAAGCAUAUGCAUGAUGCAUAGAAUGUGCUUUGGCUUUGCACAUACUUAGGUGAAAUACAAAAGUAAUAUUCUGUA